GUGUUUUGCUUGAUUGGUGGAUACUAUUCCUUACCAAAAGCUUCUUGGAAAAGUAAACUGAUGAACUUGAUAGAAGAAGAAUAUGCAUGCAUUUUCCAAGAAUCUGUGGAAUUUUAGUUUUCCUUGUUCUUCUAUACAAACACACGUUGGUUAAGGUUGAUAGGUCAUUACUCCAAGACGAACUUCAGAAAUGGACAGCAGAUCCUCUGCUCCUCUGUUGUUGUUGAUUUCACUUAUUAGCUUUGCUUCUCUUCUGAUCAAAUGUCACUCUUCUUCCUCAGAUGAACUCAAGACUUACAUUGUCUACACUGGGAACAGCAAGAGUGAUGAAGAUUCUGCCUUGUCACAGUACACAAGAUUGCUGCAAAGGGCCUCUGAGAGCGAUGCUGUGCCCAAGUCACUUCUCCAUCACUACAAACGGAGUUUCAAUGGCUUUGUUGCGAAGCUAACAGAGAAAGAAGCAGAAACAAUGUCAAGCCUUGAUGGGGUGGUCUCUGUGUUCCCUAAUCGAAUGAGACAACUCCACACAACAAGGUCUUGGGACUUCAUUGGCUUCCCACAGAACGUGCAGAGAGCCACGACCGAAAGUGAUGUCAUCAUUGGAGUUCUUGACACUGGAAUCUGGCCGGAAUCCGAGAGCUUCAGUGACAAAGGAUUGGGUCCGCCCCCAAAGAAAUGGAAGGGCACAUGUCUUAACUUCACUUGCAACAGAAAAAUCAUUGGGGCAAAGUACUACAAUUACGCUGGAUCAUUCGAAGGUGAAGAAAUGUCUCAAAGAGACUAUCAUGGUCAUGGGACUCAUGUAUCAUCCACAGCAGCUGGGAACCCAGUUAGCCAGGCAAGCAUGUUAGGGUUAGCACCAGGAACAGCAAGAGGGGGUGCUGUAUCAGCACGCAUUGCUGUCUAUAAAGUUUGUUGGUCGCGUCGUUGUAAUGAUGCAGACAUUCUCGCAGCUUUUGAUGAUGCCAUUGCUGAUGGGGUCGAUAUAUUAUCAGUUUCUCUUGGAGGGUUGAAUGAUAAGAAUUAUUUCAGAAAUGCAAUUGCCAUUGGAGCUUUUCAUGCUAUGAGACGUGGAAUUUUAACGGUAACUUCUGCUGGAAAUUCAGGUCCAAGUCCCGGAUCGCUUGGUAAUUUUGAACCUUGGGCUAUUUCUGUGGCCGCUAGCACCAUCGACAGAAAGUUGGUUACAAAGGUUGGAUUAGGUGACAACAGAACAUUUGAGGGAGUUUCAAUAAAUACAUUUGACCUGAACGAACAACAGUAUCCUAUAAUUUACGGAGGAGACGCAACAAAUACGAGAGGAGGCUUUGAUGGAUCUGCAUCAAGGUCUUGCAGUCGAGGUUCAUUGGAUCCAAAUUUAGUUAAGGGUAAAAUUGUCCUUUGUGAGGGAAGAAACAGAGCAGAAGGUGCCUUUGUGGCUGAAGCUGCUGGUGCCGUUGCACAAGGUCAGAAUUCCAGAGACCAUGGCUACUCUUUCCCCUUGCCCGCUUCGUACAUUGACUUGGAGGACGCCAACAAUAUAUUUGUCUACAUUAAUGCCACCAAGAAUGCGACUGCAACCAUAUUUAAAACUAACGAGGAAAAGGAUUCAUUGGCCCCUGUGGUAGUCUCUUUCUCCGCAAGGGGUCCUAGCCCUGUUUCCCCUGAUAUUCUCAAGCCGGAUUUAGUGGCUCCGGGAGUCGAGAUUCUCGCUGGUUGGUCUCCGAAAGGCUCUAUUUCUAGGAUUGAAGGCGACAACAGAAGUUUGCAGUUCAACAUAAUCUCAGGAACAUCCAUGUCUUGUCCACAUGUUUCUGGGGCUGCAGCUUACGUUAAAUCAUUCCAUCCUACAUGGUCCCCUUCUGCUGUUCAAUCGGCUUUGAUGACCACUGCUAGACCGCUGAGUCCUUGGAUUAACCGAGAUGCAGAGUUUGCAUAUGGAGCCGGUCAAAUCGAUCCAAUAAAGGCAAUAAAUCCUGGCUUAGUAUACGAUGCCGGUGAAAAUAGAUUUGUGAGAUUCUUAUGUGGACAAGGGUAUAGCACAAGGACAUUACAGCUUGUCACAGGGGAUAAUAGCAGCUGUUCUGUAUCAGCUAAAGCUAGUGAUCUCAACUAUCCCUCCUUUGCUCUUCCAACCCCUCCCUCCAACGUCACUGUAAGUGGCAUUUUUAAAAGAACUGUUACAUAUGUUGGGUCAGAAAAACCCACAUAUAAAGCCACUGUGAUUAGUCCUCUGGGGCUGAAAAUCCAAGUGAACCCAAGUGUUCUUUCAUUCACUUCUUAUGGUGAAAAGCAGAGCUUUGUGCUGAGUGUUGAGGGAAGCUUGGAAGCAUCUGUAGUGUCGGCAUCUUUGGUUUGGAGUGAUGGCAAGAUCCAAGUGAGAAGCCCUGUUGUUGUGUUCAAUUCACCUCAGUAGAUUAUGCUAUUGUCACUACUAUCGAACGUUGAAUAAAUCGAUGCAAGGAACAAUACAAACAAGCUGAUAAGGCCUAUCUGUGCUACUACUAGAUAGUAAUAUAGGAUUACAAAAAAUUCACAAAUAUAUUAAAUAGAUUUGAUCUCUUCGCCUUU